CCACAGUGGCUGUGCUGGCCGGCUGGGCUUUUAUUUUAGGAAACAGCUGUAUCAUUUCCACGCACCCUUAUAGGCAGAGGGAGGCUGUCCACUAGUGUUCUUCAAAAGAAGGGAAGGCACGAUGAAGAGCUCUUUGUUGCUGUGUGUGGCCUUGGCCAUCUCCUUGGGACUCAUCCUGGUGGCAGGUUAUCCACGUGACCCUGAGGACGAGGAGCACGUGCUGGUCAAUAACAAGUGUCAGUGUGUAACAGUGACCUCAAAGUUCGUCCCCUCCAAAGAAAAUCCUGAUGCAGAAAUUCUACAGAGAAACAUACGCAUCCUAGUCCCCCUGAAGGCUCGAGAGAACAUCUCUGACCCCCUGUCCCCACUCAGAACCACUUUUGUCUACCGCAUGACUGACCUCUGCAAAAAAUGUGAUCCUGUAGAGAUUGAGCUGGGUGGUGAGAUACACAAGGCCCAGCAAAGCACCUCCUGCGAUGAACCUGAAACCUGCUACACCUACAACCGGGACAAGUGCUACACUACAAACUUCCCAUUCCUCUACCACGGAGAGAUGAAAAACUUGCAAGCAGUUCUGACACCAGCAUCCUGCUAUGCUGAUUAGCUUAGUCCACUGCCUCCUCACAUUUAGUAUUCCUAUAAAAAAAAAAUUGUAUAGCACCAUUAGCACCUGGACAAGAGUGUCCAAAAUACCAGAUCCCAGAGUAAUGCCAACUUGCUUCUUCAUACUGUUUUCAACAGCAGACUACUGCCAUCUGCCAAGAGCAGGUACUGGUUGUCAGACUCUUCAUCCCCGGCACAUAUCUACAAUGCCAUUAUUGUAUGCCCCAGAUGUUAUCACUAUAUAGACCAGAUCCUAAGCAGAUCUAAA